CCGCAAUUCACCACUCCAAUGCUCGACUACGCAAAACCCGCCUUCCGAUCACCCUCGCCCUCGUAGCGUGUAGGGUGCCCUUCGCAUCGCUGUCGACUUCCAGCAUCCUACGAUCCGGCUAUGGCGUCGUCCUCAGCCACUGAAAGCACGCCGCUGAUCUCCUCACUGGCCCAUCUCCAGCCUUCGAGCCAGCCCAUUUCCCCCAAGCCGCAACGGAACGUGACAUUUAGUUCUACCGUCUUAAGCAGCAGCCCUACUCCCCAGCCUACGCCCUUACGGCCAUCCUCGCACUUCCCCGUGGCCUCCGCCGUGUCCACAGUGCCUAGCCAUCAUGGCGGGCAGCCAAUGCUAUCAACCCUCAACAGCAGGCUUCGAAGGCGAAACAGUUCAGGAGCGCCUGCCAUGACACCUCAUGUCCCCGCCCCCAAGCUCGGUCCCCAGAGAACAACAAGGAUUGUCCAGAAGCUGAAGCUUUUGCCGGAUCCGGAACACGGCGAAGAUGGGCCUGAUGAAGAAAGCGGGAGAGACGUCUAUGCCCAAUAUACUCGCAUAAAGGAUCCUACCGCCCGGCGAGAUGCUGCGCGGCUCGGUAAGGCAGAUCGAGAACGCCUGCCGAGAGUCACUGCAUACUGUACAGCAGGUUCCUACCGGAUGGACGACCUGAUGCGAUUUCUGAAAGGAAAAGCUAAGCUAAGAGGUGCUCUUCCGAAACUCUUCGACGAGUGUAUAUACACGCCGUAUAAUUAUAAUCACUCAAAAGCACCAGACGUGCACGCCGCCAGCUCCAGCUCGCAAGAGGACUUCCCUCCACAGGAACGACAACGUCGGUUUUCAGACAGCGCCAUUGAGGUGGAAGCUCACAGCGAGCAUAGACGGGACCUAGUAGACCUGCACACGCAGGGCGGAGACAUAACUUUGGACAAUGGAGAGAGUUCGGUCCCAAACCACACGGCGUUGGAGAUGGAACAGCCAUCGGAACCUACGUUGGAUACCCUAGACUUUGAUACGCAAGUGCAUACGCCGGAGGUAUUCCUAUUUGAUUAUGGCACAGUGGUUAUCUGGGGGAUGACACUAUUGCAAGAACAACGAUUUCUAAAGGAAAUUGCCAAGUUUGAGGGCGAAAAGCUUGGUAAGGACGACGUGCAGACGGAAGAUUUCAACUUUUAUUAUACCCGGGAGUACCAAGCGAGAAUCUACAACGACUUUAUCAGCUUGAGAGACAAGAAGAACUACAUGACAAAGCUGGCCAUUAGUCAUGCAUUGUCGCAGAGUGUCAAGACUUCAUUAUAUGAGGACCUUGUAGACAACACCAUUGAAACAACCAAAGACAUACCUUCGCAAAUUGCGGCAUCUGGGACAAUCAAUCUCAACAAGAAGCAAAUCAACAUGCAAAUCGGCGAAUUGUUCAUUUUGAGGAUUAACAUCCAUUUGCAAGGCUCCGUGUUGGACGCCCCUGAACUGAUGUGGGCCGAGCCGCAGCUGGACCCGAUAUACCAGGCUGUCCGUAGCUACCUGGAGAUGGACCAGAGAGUUGGGCUACUCACAGAACGACUCAAUGUCAUUGGGGAUCUGCUUGCUGUCCUAAAAGACCAACUUACUGUGACACAUGGCGAGUUGCUUGAAUGGAUUGUCAUUAUUCUUAUCUUUGCCGAGAUCGUCGUCGCUGCGAUCAACAUCUUCGUCGAUUUAAAUGCCGCCGAUUGAUAACAUGGACCCGAUGCCUCCCUUUGUAAAUAUCCUGUCUUUCUUCUAUAUCAAAUGGGGGUUGCCUGGGGGUUGCAGUGGCGCCAGGUGUUGCAAAUUAGCAGGCGUUGGCUCUCAGCCUGUCAUCUGUGUACCUGAACGCCACCUAGGCCUAGUAGCCGGCUCCGUUCUUGAUGCGGUUUAUUGUGAGAUUGAUCGAAGAAGAUAGUAAUAGAGCAAUGGAGAUAUUGUGCUCCAGAACGAAUGAUUCAAGACUUCUAUCACGGUAAAUGUCAAAUCCACUUGCAG